AUGGGCUGUGGACAAUCGCAAAUUGCAUUUGAACCAUCUGCACCACCCAUCUCUUCCAGCAGCUCGGAAUCCAUAGAAUCUGAUUCUGAUUCCGACGACCCCAGACCAUCUAGAACGGCGUACUUGGAAAAUUAUCCAGACCCGCUCGGACAUUUCAAAUCAUUUUUUAUCAUUGACAAAGUUAGCGAAAUCAUUGCAAACAGAGAUAAUGAGUCAAACUGGAAUGCACUUUGGUUUCGGAAAAUGAAUAUUUCCUUCUCUCAUUCAUUAUAUAUGAAAAGUUUUACAAAUCACUUGGCGAUCGACAUUAUUGGCGAAAUAAGAAAUCCGCCUUUCAAAAAAUGGAGACUCAAAAUGAAUCUGAAAAUCAUUAUACACAAUUUGAGUAAUGAAGAUGAUUCGCUGAUUUACAACAUAAGAGAUGAAUGGUUUGAGAGUGACAAUGAGGAAAUCAGAUAUAUAGCCUUGCGAAAAAUCACGAAUCUCCGUUUGGACGAUCUUCUUGACGAAAACUUUGGAUUUGUGAAAAAUGGUCAAAUGAAAUUAGAAACUGACAUUCGAGUUCUACAGUUGGAAGGGGCCGACCAACCGAUGGUUAUGAAUUAUCGACUAGCGCCGGAAGAUCCAAAACAUGCAUAUACAAUGACUAUUGGAGACGAGAAGUUUUAUUGUAGUAGAGCAUUGAUGGAUUUCCACAGCCAAAUGGAAAAAGGUGACAAAUAUUUUGAGAGCUACACGGACUCAAAGCCAUCUAACGGAGAGAUCGAACACUUUUUGGAUGGUGUUCAUGGAUUUCCAGUAGGAAUUGGUGGACGUGGUGCUCGUGGAGGUUACUGUGCUAUUUUUUAUCUAUGCGAAAAAUUAAAAAUGCGAGCAUUGGUACAAAGAGCAGAACUAGUUUUGAUUCAAUAUUUUCAUGACAUCCCAAAUUUCUAUUUGGAUAGUGCGAGGAUGUAUAAUUGUAGAAGACUAAUUCAUGCCUGGUUGAAUAGGAAAGAUUCGAUUAGGAGAAAAGAGGUGAAGAGACUUAAGGUUAAGAAGAUGACAGGAGAAAUGAUGAAGGCUAUUGUGAAGAAAGUUUUCGAGGUUGGGUGGAAGUAA